CCAGGUGGGUGGAGGAAGGCAAGUCAACCAUGACUGAGGACAGGAGAGGAAGCAAGGUGGGGAAGGAAGGGAGGGAGGAAGCAAGACCUCUCCAGAUUCACAUCCUUCCAAACCCAUGAGCGAAUAGCAGAUGAGCAUGAGCACGAGGCAAUGCAAAGCCAUCUGCAUUGCAUUGCAAUUGACCGGGCGGGGCUAGCGGAGCUGAAUGAAAGCGUAGACGAGUAACCACCAACAAAACAACGACUUGUCCAAUUAAUCAAUCCCUGACUCUUCUGCAUCUGCAUCCCCUCCCCUACCAAUACCCCCUCCAGGCCUUGGCCGGCCUGGACAAGAGAGAGAGAGAGAAGGAACGAGGCUUCUCCUCUCCUCUGUCAGAGACGGAGACGGACGGUCUUGUUCCUUGAUUCGAUUCAGUCUCCGCUGGCUGGCAAGCAGCGCAAACGCGGCCGUUUCCUUCUUCUUCUUGGCUUGUGCGCGGAGCUUUCCAAGCAACAAGAAAGUUUUUUUUUAUUUUUAUUACUCCUCCUCCUAGUAAUCUCCUACUGCUGCUGCUGCUACUAUUGUCUAUUGCUGCUGCUGCUGCUGUAUUUAGGCAGCAAGCAAGCUUAAGUUGAAGGGAAGUGGCCCGAUUCCGACCACAAGUCCCCCUUUACAUUUGCAUCUUGUUCCUGCUUUCUUCCCUUGUGUUUCCUUUCCAUCUGAUCUGGGUUUGUCACCUCAUUUGUGAGCUCAAUCUCAGCCGCCCUCCCAAUUACUUGUUGUAUGGUAUCCAGUUAGCUGGGUCCUUGGAGACGGAAUUGAAUUCAUUUGAUUUGAUUUGGUUUGAUUCAAGGCGUCAGCGGCGGCAGCAGCAGCAGCAGCUUCUUCUUCAUUUGUAUUGUAUUGUAUUGGGGAAUACAGUAACAGUACAAUGGCCGGCGAAGAUGAUGGCAACACCACCAACGGGCGCCGGCGCCGUCGGACCCGGAGGUCCGCCGUGCGCCUCAGCAAGCUCUACAGCUACGCGUGCGGCCGCCGGCCCAGCGUGGCGGACGACCACUACUCCGCGUCCAGGAUAGGAGGCCCAGGCUUCUCCAGGGUCGUCAUGGUCAACGCCGGCGCCGGUGAGCCUCCAGCUCCAGCAGCAGCUGACCUCCAGCAGCAGCAGCAGCAGCAGAUGGCCUCCGCCUCCAGCACCAACUCCAUCUCCACCACCAAGUACAACCUCUUCACCUUCCUGCCCAAGUCCCUCUUCGAGCAGUUCCGCCGCGUCGCCAACAUCUACUUCCUCCUCUCCGCCGGCAUCGCCUACAGCCCCCUCGCCGCCUACAGCUCCUCCAGCGCCAUCGCGCCGCUCGUCAUCGUCCUCGUCGCCACCAUGAUCAAGGAGGCAAUCGAGGACUGGAGGAGGAACCAGCAGGACACGGAGGUGAACAACAGGACAACUCAGGUCUUCUUCCAGCAGGCUCAGGCUCAGGCUGGGGAUGGGGAUGGGGAUGCGGCCCGCGGCGGCUUCCGGGAUGCCAAAUGGAAGGACAUCCGCGUGGGCGACAUCGUCAAGGUUCACAAGGACGAGUUCUUCCCGGCUGACCUGGUCCUCCUCUCCUCCAGCUACGAGGACGCCAUCUGCUACGUGGAGACCAUGAACCUCGACGGCGAGACCAACCUGAAGCUGAAGCAGUCUCUGGAGGUCACCUCCGCCUCGCUCCCUGAUGACGACAGCUUCCGCGGCUUUGCAGGCGCCGUCGUGAGGUGCGAGGACCCCAACGCGCACCUCUACACCUUCGUCGGGAACAUCGAGAUCGACGGCCAGCAGCACCCUCUGUCGCCGCAGCAGCUCCUGCUCAGGGACUCCAAGCUCCGCAACACCGACUUCGUGUACGGCGUCGUCGUCUUCACGGGGCACGACACCAAGGUGAUGCAGAACUCCAUGAAGGUCCCGUCCAAGCGGAGCAACGUGGAGAAGAAGAUGGACCGGGUCAUGUACCUCCUCCUCUUCUCGCUCAUCGUCAUCUCCGUCGUCAGCUCCGUCGUCUUCGGCGUUGCCACCGGAGACGACCUGCAAGACGGCAGGAUGAAGAGGUGGUACCUCAGGCCCGACGACACUGAGAUCUACUACGAUCCAAACAACGCAGCGGUAGCAGCGGUGCUCCACUUCUUCACAGCCAUAAUGCUCUACGGCUACUUCAUCCCCAUCUCCCUGUACAUCUCCAUCGAGAUCGUCAAGCUCCUGCAGGCCCUCUUCAUCAACAAUGACAUCCACAUGUACCAUCACGAGACAGACACGCCAGCCCACGCGAGGACCUCCAACCUCAACGAGGAGCUGGGUCAGGUGGACACCAUCCUCACAGACAAAACCGGCACUCUCACCUGCAACUCCAUGGAAUUCAUCAAAUGCUCGAUCGCCGGAACCGCGUAUGGCCGUGGUAUCACAGAGGUCGAGAGAGCAAUGGCGAGGAGGAAAGGCUCCCCGGUGAUCGCCGACCAUGACAAUAAUAAUAUGGACAAGGGAAAUAAUAAUGGCAUUCAGCAGCAGUCGUCGUCUGACUCCGAGGGUAAUAGCAAACCUGCAGUUAAGGGAUUCAAUUUCGUGGAUGAGCGUGUCAUGGGCGGCAACUGGGUUAACCAACCCGGCUCUGGUGUCAUCGAGAUGUUCUUCAGGCUGCUGGCUGUCUGUCACACGUGCAUACCUGAAGUCGAUCAAGAGUCAGGCAAAAUCUCAUACGAAGCAGAGUCUCCUGAUGAGGCGGCCUUUGUUGUUGCAGCACGGGAACUCGGUUUCACCUUCUACAAACGCACUCAGACAGGUGUUUCUCUGCGUGAGUUAGAUCCCUCGUCUGGGAAACAAGUCGACAGGUCAUAUAAGAUCUUGAAUGUCCUUGAGUUCAACAGCGCAAGGAAGCGGAUGUCAGUAGUAGUUAAGAAUGAGGAGGGGAAAAUAUUUCUGUUUACUAAAGGAGCUGACAGUGUAAUGUUUGAAAGGCUAUCAGGUUCAGAGACUGCAUACAGAGAAGUGACCCAACGGCACAUAAAUGAAUACGCUGAUGCUGGUUUGCGAACACUAGUUCUCGCAUACCGUGAGCUUAAGGAGGAUGAAUAUGCAUACUUCGACGGGAAGUUCACAGCAGCUAAGAGUUCUGUCAGCACUGACAGAGAUGAAAAGAUCGACGAGGCUGCAGAUUUGGUAGAGAGGGAUCUUAUCCUUCUUGGUGCUACUGCUGUUGAGGACAAACUACAAAAGGGGGUGCCUGAGUGCAUUGACAAACUUGCUCAAGCUGGCAUCAAGAUAUGGGUGCUAACAGGGGACAAGAUGGAGACUGCCAUCAACAUUGGAUAUGCCUGUAGUCUAUUAAGGCAAGGAAUGAAGCAAAUAACAAUCACUCUGGAGACAGCAGAUGUCAUUGCGCUGGAGAAAGGCAGUGACAAGGCUGCCUUAACCAAGGCAUCAAAAGAUAGUGUGGCGCGGCAAAUAAAUGAGGGAAAGAAGCUUGUAAAUGCAUCUUCUGGUGAAUCCUUCGCCUUGAUCAUUGAUGGGAAGUCGCUUACAUAUGCACUGGAGGACGACACAAAGGACAUGUUCCUCGAUCUUGCAGUUGGUUGUGGAUCAGUCAUUUGCUGCCGUUCUUCACCCAAGCAGAAAGCUCUUGUGACUAGGCUUGUGAAAACCGGAACGGGUAAGGUCACAUUGGCAAUUGGUGAUGGCGCGAACGAUGUGGGCAUGAUUCAAGAGGCAGAUAUUGGUGUUGGGAUCAGUGGCGCUGAAGGAAUGCAGGCUGUCAUGGCAAGCGAUGUUUCCAUCGCCCAAUUCCGCUUCCUGGAGCGUCUGCUACUUGUCCAUGGGCAUUGGUGCUAUAGCAGGAUCUCAUCAAUGAUUUGCUACUUCUUCUACAAGAACAUCACGUUUGGUGUGACCUUGUUCCUGUACGAUGCGUACACGUCGUUCUCAGGCCAGCCUUUCUACAACGAUUGGGCAAUGGCGUGCUUCAACGUCUUCUUCACGUCGCUGCCUGUGAUCGCCAUGGGCGUCUUCGACCAAGACGUUUCUGCUCGAUUCUGUCUCAAGUUCCCGAUGCUGUAUCAGGAGGGCCCUCAGAACCUUCUGUUCCAAUGGCGAAGGAUCAUCGGAUGGAUGUUGAACGGCGUGGCCAGCGCUGUGAUCAUCUUCUUCCUGAGCACGGCGUCGCUGCAGCACCAGGCGUUCCGCAUCGGCGGGCAGGUGACGGACAUGGCGACGCUGGGCGCCACUGCCUACACGUGCAUCGUCUGGGCCGUCAACCUCCAGAUGUACAUCACGGUGAGCUACUUCACCCUGGUACAGCACGUGUGCAUCUGGCUCAGCAUCGCCCUCUGGUACGUCUUCCUCCCCGUGUACGGCGCCAUCACGCCCAGCUUCUCGACCACCUACUACAUGGUGUUCGUGGAGGCGCUGGCGGGCGCGCCGUCCUACUGGGUGGUCACCCUGCUGGUGUCUGCCGCCGCCCUCGUUCCUUUCUUCACCUACGCCGUCGUCAAGUCGUGGUUCUUCCCAGACUACCACAACAGGAUCCAGUGGCUGCGCCACAGGGAGAAGGCAAAGGCCCACCCUGACCCGGAGACCAGCGCCGACGUGGAGCUCAGCCAGGUCCUGCGCCAGUUCUCUGUGCGCUCCACCGGCGUUGGUGUGUCGGCUCGCCGUGACGCCACGGCGGUGCUUCGUCGCCUCAACAGCACGACGCAGCAUGCGGAUUAUUAUUCACAGUCACCCGCCCCAGGUGUCGUCGUCGUCACAACAGAUCGAUGAGGAAAUCAUGCAUCAUUGUUGUUGUUAUACAUACACACAUACAUACAUACAUAGAUGUAAAUACAGUACAGGAGGAGGAAGGAAAAACAUGCGCACACAGUACCUAGCAGCUAGUGUACUAGCAGUGUAGAUGAUGAGGGCCAGGUUUUUGGAAGUAGCUAGCUAGAAGUGGUGUACAUUUGGAAGGAAAGCUAGGAUGGAUGGAGCAUGGAGGGGUAUAAAGUUAGUUUCAUUCUUUAGUUUUCCCCUAGCUCGUUAAUGAAUUUUGGGAUAAUGUUUUUUCCCUUUAAUUUGUUCUUAAUAAUCUUAUCUAGUACCUUAAGAAAGGUAGGAAAUAAAGCCUCUUCUCUCUUUUUUUUUCUCU